UGGCACUGUGGAAGAUUAGCAAAUUGUGACGCUAUUACAGUCACUGUGGUGGUCGUGAGUGGACACGUGGACGCGCUACUUUCGCAAUGCCCAGUCUGGGAUGUCGACGCCAUCAUCGCUUCUCUGCUUGCAGUGAGUGAGACAGUGGAAUUCCCCACUUCUCUGCGGCUGUUUUUCUUUGUCUCCAGCAUGAAGUCAAGAUAAUUCUACCAUCUACUCUGAGGAGAGUGUCAUACCAGAGCAUCGCUUGAGCAAAGUUUAUUCUUUAACCAUUGGGAAUCUUUAGUUGAAGCUGGAUUAUUUCUACGUCAAACACCAUCAAGCAACAACUCAUGGAUCUUUGAAACCAAUUAUUGGGAUUUUUGAGGAAAUUGUGUGAUGGGAUGCAGAGAUGGACCCCAAGAUCUGACACUCGUACGACGUCGAGGGAGUUUUCACAGAAGGAGAGAUCACACAGCUUUGGAUCAUUAAAAAAAAAAUCAUCAUUUCGGUGUCAGUCUGGUGUUGGCGGGCUGAGCCGCGACCAUGCACACCUUCUACCAGCCUCGCCACGCCAUCCGCCACCCUCCCGGUCUCUACCUGGACCCCGCUCGGAUGCAGCGACGUGUCCUGGAAGACCAAGUGGAGCUGUGGUGGUCCAGAGAGCCGCGCCGCUCCCUGUUGUGCUACUGUGCCUCUGUGGCCCUCAUACUGGGCCUGGGCCUCGGCGGCGUGGGCCUCCUCUCCACCACCAACAGCCUGUCCGGGGAGUGGCGCCUCGGCGUGGGCACCACCCUCUGCCUCUUGGCCCUGGCUGUCCUGCUCAAGCAGCUUCUCAGCUCUGCCGUCCAGGACAUGAACUGCGUGCGCAGCUGGCACCGCAUUGGCCAGCUGAAGAGCGGCGGCGGGGCCGACCCGGCGCUGAUGUUGGCCGUGGGGCUGGCGGUGACGCUCUGCGGGACGGUGCUGCUCUGUGUGGCCACCGUCGGCAGCCGCGGUCACGACGGCAAGGAGAUGUUGGUGUCCAGCCUGGUGCUGAUGGCCGCCGGGGGGGGCAUGUCUCUGGCCGUAGGGGGCUACGGCUUGGUCAUCUAUUAUAAAAAGAGAAGGGAGCAGAGGAGGCGGAUGGCGCUGAGAGUGAGCAGAGCGAGGAGGCCGGGGGGUCGAACUGUCAGGGUGUUCAGCGUCUCCGAAGGACAGAUGAGUCAGGCCAGGAGGGAGACGUCCUCCAGCAGGACCAGCCUUAUCUGAACGGACCAAAUGAGCCCCCCACCCCUCAGAGGAAAAGUAUCAAAGAGCUGCUCCUGAUGAAAUCCCCGUGAAUCUAAUCACCCUAUAGUGAACUGAAGAUCGUCGUCGCUGUCUUCCUCCUCCUCCUCCUCCUCCUCGUCUUCUUCGCCUCUCUCCCUCUCUGCCCUUUCUUUC